AUGGAAAAAUCACAAAAUAUAUCAGAUAUUGAACAAACAAAAUUAUUUUCUAUUAUUCAACAACGUUCACUUGAGCGUGAAAUUGAUCUUUUUGAUAAUUCAGAUGAAGGAAUUAAAGGUCAUAUGGAAAAUCUUAAAUUAAAAUGUGAUGUAUUACAUAAACAUAUUCUAACAUGUAGUCAACGAUUAGAUGAUAUUAAUAAACAAAAUCUUAUGAAAUUAACAAAUGAAAAUCAAAUAUUAAAAAUUAGAACUCAACAUGAAGAAUCAAAUAUUGAUAAUAAAAAUAUUGAACUUGAAUUUGAAUUAUUACGUUUACGUGAACGUUAUAAUGAAUUAAUUGAACAUACAAAUACACUUAAAUAUGAAUUAAAUAAUGCACAAAAACAAUUACAUGAAAAAGAAAAAAUUGAGCCAAAUUUAAAUGUUGAUUUGGAAAAAGAACGACGACGUGCAGAUGAAUUUGAAAAUGAUUAUAAAUCUUUAAAAAUAAAAUAUGAUGAUGUAUGUGAACGUAUUCGUAUAGCUACACAUCAAUUAGAACAUUCUGAAAUUAAUGCUCAAUCUGAAUAUCUUUCACAAAAUGUUCUUAAUGUAACAUCAAAAUAUAAAGAUAAAUUAAAUAUAAUUAAAGUUCGUUUGUAA